AUCUCCUGGUAACACCAACCAAAUGAUCACCAAUACCAAUUUGAAUAUUGGGCAUGGUAUAAAUAAAAUGGCAUCAAUUUUUGGUGGCAUUGGUGAUGGAGGAAGAGGCGAACGCUGCUUCAGUGAAACUGCACAAGCCAAAUGGCAAGGAAGCAAGAUUUUUCGUAGCAGUGCAUGUGGGGGCAGGGUACCACGCCCCUCGUAAUGACAAAGCUUAUAAGAAGCUCAUGCGCCGUGCUUGCUUAGCUGCAGCUUCUAUUCUCUCCCAGGGAUGUGGAAGAAGUCUUGAUGCUGUUGCAGCAGCCAUCACAGUGUUAGAGGACGACGAGCACACAAAUGCAGGAAGGGGUUCCAAUCUGACAGAAGAGGGACAUGUGGAGUCUGAUGCUAGUAUUAUGGAUGGUUUGACUGGAGCUUUUGGGGCUGUGGGAGGAAUACCUGGAGUUCAGAAUCCCAUUCAAGUUGCAGCACUUCUGGCAAAGAAUAGCAUAACUAGAUGUUCUUUGCUUGGUCGGAUACCUCCCAUGUUCUUGGUAGGUGAUGGAGCACGUGAAUGGGCCAACUCAAAGGGUAUUCCUUCAACUUCAUCGGUUGAAGAUGCUGAUAGGUGGCUGGUAACAGAAAGAGCCAAGCAGCAGUGGUUAAAAUACAAGGAUAUGCUUCUUUCUGCCACAGAAAGUAGUGAUUCGUCAACUUUCAAAAAUUCAUCGAAAACAGAGUGUGAGAAUCUAUUACAUGAAAAUGUUUUUCUGAUUGAAAAUAGAUGCACUGCUAGUGCCUCUAGUGAAAUGCAUGAUGAAGAUCGUGUCAUGGACACUGUAGGUGCCAUUUGUGUAGAUGCAUUAGGGAACAUAGCUGCUGGGGCAUCAAGUGGUGGAAUAGCGAUGAAGAUUAAGGGUCGUGUUGGAUUAGCAGCUAUGCAUGGCUCUGGGUGUUGGGCUUCUUGUAAAAACUCCCACGGCACAAUUUGCAGAGUUGGUUGUUGCACAACUGGGACAGGAGAAAAUUUAAUGAAAGGAUUUUGUGCACGUGAAUGUUGCUUAUCUGCCUCAGAGUCACAGUCUGGACCAAUCUUUGGCUGUGUUGAGGUUCUAGAGACUAUUAUUGAUCAAGGAAGGCAUUUGUCUAUGCCUAUUGAUGCCGGUGUGCUGAUGUUGCAAGCUUGUAACACCACAGUUGAUGCAAGUAAUUUUGAGCAGCUAAAAGCAGUAGAAUUGGCUGUGGCAUAUUCAUCAUUAUCAUUCGGUGUGGGCUACUUUGGGAGCUCUAUGGAUCAACCUAAGGCAUCUAUUCUUAGACGGUCCAAUAGUGCAAAUGAAGGGAAUGUUAACAUUUUUGCAGCUCGUUUUGAUGUAAAAAAGUACGGAGAUGAUGCUUGACAAGCUUUUAACAAAAGGAUAUGUUGGCAAGAUUCAUUAUCUCCUUGGACGUUGUUCCCAAGCUCCAUGCUAUUACAAUUACACUCAAAUUGAUUCACUCGAUGCUUUAUACAACUCUUGGGCUGCUAUCCACACCAUACAUUUCAUUAUGAAAUUAUACGUGUCAUAUCAUGUUUCCAAUCCCAUGAAAGGAAUUAAUUUUAAUAAACAUUGUUAUAUGUUUGGGAGAAGGUGAUUGUAGAAAUUAGUUAUCCGAUCAAUUGGAUUCCAUUUAUAACUUGUAUAAAUGUGCAAACAAUUCAAUGAAUAUCAACAAGAAAUUUUUGUGCUCUUCAAAUUUGUGUGUUGAUGAUCUGCAGAUAAUCCCUGAUAAACUUGUAGUCUAGAUACAUUCAAUUGGUAUAAGAGCACUAGGAAGAAGGGGAAUUUAAAAAAAAAUUGUUGAACACAAUGCUGUGUUGGUUGAACAUGAGAAGAAGCAUGGUCGAUGCAGAAAGGGAGAACAAGCUGCUGUAGUUUUUGGGCAGUCAGGAAUGCCACUGUUUUUUUUGCUGUUUUCUUAAGAAGUUUUGGUCGCUUUUGCUUUAAAAUUUGUGAAAGACUUGACAGAGGACAUUGGAGUUUUUUUGUUGGUUCCUAUUUGACUAUUACAAACACAGUAAGAAGGUUUUCCUAUUUUAUUA